UAAGGUCUAUUACCAAAUCAUUAAAAUAGUUCACUAUCACAAGUGGUUGAUACGGAUUCUUUGGAAAAAUAGCAAUGCAAUUUUUUCCAAAAAACCAUUCAAUCGUGAAAUGAAGGCGGAAAGCGCAAUAUUUUUUGGCACUUUGUGCAAUGUGUGUCGUCGCCGAUUUUCAAGUACAAACUCGUAUAAUCGUUGUAUAUCACAUACUUGGCGGGAACUAUGUCGAUCGGAAGAAGGACAGUUUCCGUUUCGCUUCGAAGCCGUCUUCGAAACGAGCACUUCGGCGGUGAUGCAAUCAUAAGCAAUCAUUCAAUUUAACAGCAAUAAUAGCACUUGCGUCGCAUGACAAAAUAAGGCACUUCAAUUGCAUUUCAUUGUUGCGCACAGCCGACGAGAUUGUCUUCACAAAUCAAUCUGUGCUUCUCUGCCAUAAGAACCAAUGUAUUUGACGUGACAAUGAGUAGCGGUGGCGCCUAAAUAGAGUCUGCGGCAAGUUUAGGAACUAUCAAUACUUCUUGUUGUUGCGAAAAUCAUGACAACAACAACAAGUAUUGAUAGUUCUUAAAAAUGCCGCAAAUUGCUAAUACAUCUUAUUUAGGCGCCACCGCUAUCUUGCGCCGGCCAAAAGUAUAGGUUGUCACAAAUCUCAUUCAACCGAUCGAACUGCCAACGCAUGACUAACCAGAUGAUGAAAAGAUUAAAGUUUUGAUUCCAUAUCUUGAUUGGAUUGCAAGCAAAAUGACAAAACAACACUGAGAAUUUGUUGGAUGAAUUUUCUAUCGAGUGUGGAAACAUUAGGUUGAUAAGAUAUGUAAUAUUUGAUUAUGCCAUCAAUAUGAAUUCAACACUUUACAAAAAAAUGAAUGAAAAAAUUAUAGAAGAUAUACUUCCUAUACCUUCCCAACUGAGAAAUUAUUAGUAGUUUCUCUCGUUUAAUUUCAUAUACUACCUAUUCCAAUAUGUAUUUUUAGAACAACAAAUGUGCAUUUCAUCCUGGAAGUAUAAAAAUUGAUAAUACAUGGAUAAAAUACUAUAUUUUACGACAAGAUAUUUUGUUACUACUCCAAUAAAACAAUUGCCUAAUAUAAUGUUACAAGACGAUUUUUUUUUCGUUAGUUAAGUGAAAACGAUUUAGAUGUGAUAGAAUAAGUAUCAAUUGAUCAAAGGAAAGUUGCGCAGUUAUUUUUUCAAAACCAAAUCUAGUUUACGCAUGAUGAAAAGGUAUUUUGGUCAAGUAUCGCACAUUUUUUUAUGAAUACUUCCUAUGAUAAGAUUUUUUUUGUGCGAAUCAAUGAUCGAUAAUCGCUCGAAGAUAAAGAUAAUUUGGAAGCAUAAAAGGCGCUACGGUUACACUAGAAUUUCCAUUCAAGUUUUAAAUUUUCACAGUUAACAUGAAGACGAUCAACGUAUUCCUUCUGGCACUUUGUGUGGUGUGCGCUUUGGCUGACGCCGAAAUUAAUGGAUUUGGAUUUGAUCUCAAUCCCCGCAUCGUUGGAGGUAAAGACGCCAGCGAAGGACAGUUUCCAUACCAAGUAUCACUCCGGACCACGCUCAGCAAACAACAUUUCUGUGGUGGCUCCAUUUUGAGCAGCCGUUUCAUAUUGACAGCCGCACAUUGCUCACAAGAUAUUAACGGAAAUCCAAAGUAUGUAUAUGCCGUGCUUGGAGCUUUGCGUCGACUGUCUGGAGGGGUUAUUGUCGAAUUAGAUAAGAUCACACCACAUGAAAAAUGGAACCCAGCCAAAAUCCAGAACGAUGUAUGCUUGUUGCGUACAGCCGAAGAGAUCGUCUUCUCAGACACCAUUCAACCAAUUGCUUUGCCAACGCAAGACACACCACAAAAAACUGAAGUCCUUCUGUCUGGAUGGGGACGUACAUCGUAUCCAACGCCAUCCGGACAAUCGCCAUUGCCAGAUAUUCUGCAAUUCACCAAACCGAACACUCUUAGCGUUGAUGAAUGCAAAAAGCGGUUCAAAGGACACGCAGCUGCUGCUAACAUCCAUGAAAGUAUUCUUUGCACAAUAAAUGGAAAGAAUGUUGGUGCCUGCCAUGGUGAUUCAGGUGGUCCAUUGGUUGACGCAUCCAAUCCAGAAAGCAAAACCUUGGUCGGGAUCGUCUCGUGGGGAGUUCCCUGCGGCAAAGGAUAUCCAGACGCCUUCUCACGUGUCCAUUACUUCCUCGAUUGGAUUAAUGACCAAAUUGAAAAACAAAGUCAGGAUUUUGAAUGAAUUGGAGUUUGAAAAUUAUUUUUCAAUGUGGUUGUCAUUAUUGUAAAUGUAGUUUCAGUAAAAAAAAAACGAUUUAAAAAAAAUAUUAUUCCAAAGUCCAAGAAAUUCAAUAAGAAGUUAAAAUAGAAAGAGAAAUACCUUGAAUGGAAGAUAUUUUUGUCAACGAAAUAAAGCGACAAAUAAAUAAUAGUCGUCACCGAUACAAAUUCAACUGUGUGAAAACUAAUUGAAAAUGGAAAAAGACAGAUCUCACAAUCUGUCAUCAAAAUUUAAUAAACGAAUGAUGGCACGAAGCUAUGCAUCUUCAUUCCGAAUGUCUAACGUAAGUAUA